CUAUAAUGAAAUCAAAUUUAAAAAAGAGAAGAAAAAAAAGACAAAUGGAAUAAAAACACGGAGACGGUUUCUUGUGUUCUUCGUCUCCAGACGCUCCUCUCCACCGUUUACAAGCUUCCACAGAGACGACUUUUCCGUGAUUACCUAGACAGAACCGCUGUGUGCUUCAUCCUCUUGGUUCUCUCAGUGUUUUCAAAGUACAUGAUGAGUAAAGCUAACAGUGAGGAAUCUUCUAGUAACCAAAAAUUUCGGAAAGAGGUCGAGACGAUAGGUGAAGCUCUGUACGUGAACAAGAAUCCUAGGAGCUCAGUGUCUGGUCCUAAUAACAACAACAACAACACUUCAACAAAGCCCUUGGGUCGUACCACCACCCACUUGGCCGAGCCUCACAAGGAAAAGAAGUCUUUUUGGAACUGGCCUCUCAGAGCUCUUUCUCAUGUCCGAAACCGUCGUUUCAACUGUUGUUUCUUUGCCCAAGUCCAUUCUAUAGACGGGUUACCCUCGACAUUCCUGGAUCUUUACCUCACCGUUCACUGGAAACGACGUGACGAGUCGUUAGCCACUCGUCCUGCUAAAGUUUCGAACGGAAGAGCUGAGUUUAAGGACAAGGACAAGCUGACGCAUACGUGCUCGGUUUAUGGAAGCAGAAGCGGACAGCAUCACUCGGCUAAGUAUGAAGCGAAGCAUUUCUUGUUGUAUGCGUCUCUGGUUGGGUCGCCUGAGGUUGAUCUUGGGAAACACCGUAUGGAUCUUACUAGACUGCUUCCUUUGACACUCGAGGAGUUGCAGGAUGAGAAGAGCGCUGGUAAGUGGUCAACGACGUUUCAGUUGAGUGGGAAGGCUAGUGGUGCUACUCUGAGCGUGAGUUUUGGGUACACUGUUGUUGGGGAUACUCGCAGUGCUUCAAAUGCUAAACAAACUAGCAAUAACACAGCGUUGACUAGGAUUACUAGUACAAAGUCUAGUGUAGGGUCUGUAUCUCGGCGUUAUGAUCAUGGUAGUGUUGUUAACAAAGACUCUCAUCCUCUGUCCCAGAAUGUGGAGGAAAUCAAAGAUCUUCAUGAAGUUCUCCCCGUUGCACAAGCUGACUUGGCCAGUUCUGUAAACAUUCUGUACCAAAAAUUUGAUGAGGAGGAGAAGGUGGAUCCAGCAGCUGAGUCUCAGCUCAAAUUUGAGGUUGUCACUCAACACAUUGGACCUGUUGAGUCAAUUGAAAAUGAAGAUGCAAAUGCACAUCAAAUAGAGGCUAUAAAGAAAGCUGUCGAAGUUCAAGUAAAUUUGCCUCCAGAAGAGACUUUGGUUAACAUGAAUGAGAUUACUGAAUCGAAGAUAGUUGGCGAAGUUCCUAUUAUAAGAAGUGAGGAAGUUGUUGAGAAUGUUACAGAUAAUUUGCCUGCAGAGGAGGGAAGCAAUGUUGUUACUCCAAGGGAAGAGGGAAGUAUUGUUCUUGUGGAUGAUGAAGAGGUAAUGACCGAUGGGAGAGACGUGAGAGAAAUGAUAAUGAAGGAUCUUGAAUCAGCUUUGGAAAGUGUAGAAAUGUUGGAAGCAACAGCGUCGGACGACGAGGAGGAAGAUCAAGAAAACCGUGGAGGCUCAGAAACAUUUUUAAAAACACCAAAUAAGGAAGAAGCAUCAUCAAGUUCGACAGAUGUGGCGAGUGAGUUCUUAGACAUGCUAGGCAUUGAACACAGCCCUUUUGGUUUGAGUUUUGAGAGGGAACCUGAGUCUCCAAGGGAGCGCUUGUUGAGAGAGUUUGAAAUGGAAACUCUAGCGGCCGGGUCUCUGUUUGAUUUUAGUAUUGAAUCUGAUGAUCCACAAAUGGAAUGUGAUGAAAACUUCUCAGAAGAGAAUGAAUCAGAUUUCGAUCUGGCAUCCCUAGUUCAUGAUAUAGAGGAAGAGUAUCAGCUGGAAACUCAAGCAAGAGUCAGCAACCCCAGGGCCAAAACGUUGGAAGACUUGGAAACAGCAUCACUGAUGCGUGAGUGGGGUAUGAAUGAAAACACAUUUCAGAACUCUCCGCCUCACAAUGGUCGUAACACCUUUCCUCCAGCUGAUUUUCCAGUAAAGGAGCCAUUUGAUUUGCCUCCUCUAGGAGAUGGCCUUGGUCCAGUUGUGCAGACAAAGAACGGAGGGUUCUUGCGUUCAAUGAAUCCUUUACUGUUCAGAAACUCCAAAGCCGGAGGCAGCUUGAUCAUGCAAGUGUCAAGUCCAGUGGUGGUGCCUGCUGAGAUGGGCUCUGGUAUCAUGGAUAUACUUCAGAAACUAGCCACUUCUGGAAUUGAGAAGCUCUCAAUGCAGGCAAGUAAAGUGAUGCCUCUGGAUGAUAUAACAGGGAAAACUAUGGAAGAGUUGGUGUGGGAAGCUUCACCUGCAAUUGACUGUGGGAACAGGGAUCAUACAUCACAGCAUGAAUCUACUGGUUUUGCGAGUGGAGCUGAAAGAAGAGCCUCAUCUGCAGCUAAUUCGAAAAAGUUUGGUUCAAGCUCUGCUAACAGUAACUCUGGCUCAGAGUAUGUAUCACUUGAAGAUCUUGCUCCUUUGGCUAUGGACCAGAUUGAAGCACUGUCUUUGGAAGGGUUGAGAAUACAAUCAGGGAUGUCAGAUGAGGAUGCACCCUCGGAAAUCACUGCACAAUCUAUCGGAGAGAUCUCAGCCUUCCAAGGGAAAAGCGGUUGCGUUGGUCUAGAAGGAGCAGCCGGGUUACAACUUCUGGACGUAAAGGAUGACGGAGAUGAUGGUGAUGAUGAUGGAUUAAUGGGUCUUUCCUUGACUCUUGAUGAGUGGAUGAAGCUGGAUUCAGGUGACAUUGGAGAUGAAGAUGAAAUAAAUGAGCAGACGUCAAAAAUAUUGGCUGCACAUCAUGCAAACCCACUAAACUUUAUCCGGAAAGGAUCAAAAGGGGAGAAAAGAAAGGGGAAGAAAGGAAGGAAAUGUGGUUUACUUGGGAAUAACUUCACAGUAGCACUAAUGGUGCAGCUACGAGAUCCGUUAAGAAACUAUGAGCCAGUUGGAGCUCCUAUGCUUUCUCUUAUCCAAGUUGAGAGAUUGUUUAUCCCUCCAAAGCCCAUAAUCUAUAGUACAGUUUCAGAGCUGCGGAAAACAGAUGAAGAGGAAGAGGGAACUGAGGUGGUCAAAGAAGAGGAAACCGUUGUGGAGGAACAAGGAAUCCCUCAGUACAAAAUCUCAGAGGUACAUGUUACUGGUAUGAAGAGCGAGACUGAUAAGAAGCCAUGGGGAAUCACGAGUCAGCAUCAGCAGGCGCAGUCUGGUUCAAGGUGGUUGAUGGCUAAUGGAAUGGGGAAAGGAAACAACAAGCUUCCUCUUAUGAAACCAAAACCGGGUUCUAUAAAGUCUGGUGAUAAGUUGUGGAGUGUCUCUGGCUCUGGUUCUAAAUGGAAAGAGGUUGGGAAAAUGGGGAAGUGGAGCACACACGUGCGAAAUCCGAAUGUGAUUAUGCCAAAAUGAAACUAAAGAAGGAAAGCAGAACUAGUCUGGUUUAUGUUAUGUGGUGUGGUGAAUUGCCUAGAUUCCAUUUCAGUGUUGCACUUGUGUUUGUUUUUGUUUAUGUGUGUGUUUAGUUUAGGUUUGCGGAUCAAACUAAUCUCUGUUUGGUGGUACAGUUAAGAGAUCAAGGGAACGAACAAGAGCCUUUGCACUUGGUGUAAUGUUUUAUUAUUUGAUAGUUGCUAGGCAUCUUAGACGUCUGCUA